CUUUAUAAACUCUAUAAAAAUCAUGCCAUAAUCUAAAAAAAAAAAAACAAUUUUUAAAGCAAUCCAAAUUUUCAGUAAACGAAAUUUCUCGUAUUUGUAAAUCUGCGAACGACCGACGACUCUUGCAGUUCGCAAACGAUAAUGAGUACGCCGACAAGCAAGCGAAUGCAUCAUGUGAUGGUGGCCCUAACAGAAACGAAUCGCCGCUACCACACCGAAAUGUUGGAGGGCCGCAGCUUGGAUGGCGAAUUCAAAAUUCUCGAUCGCAAAGCCGUGCUGCUGCGCAUGCCAGCGGCAUCGGCAACCAAGACAAAGCAGGGAGAAAUACCGCGGUAUUAUCGCCAUCUGGAAUUCGAUGCGAUUGGCUACGACUACGAGCCGCAUGUGCGCGAGGAGUUGAGCGAUCUGGUGGAUAACAUGUUCCGCCAGCGUCUUAGUGGGUGUAUCCUGCGGCUGGCUCCGCAUCGCACUAGCAAUAUGAACCUGUUGACGCGCCUUUUGGUGAGCGAAGUGGAUAGCAUUAUGCUGAUGCUGCGGUACCGCCUGAAAUCCAUCAUCGUGGACUACUUUGAUCUGCGCAAGUUCGACAUGGCCAACAUGCUGCUGGAGCCAGGCACAGCGAUGCAGCCGUUGAAUCGUCGUCAAGUACAUCAGAGUGGCCGCAACCUGCAGAGCACACGGGAGCUGUUCCAGUGGCUGCUCAACGAUUUCGCCACCAUCCGGGGACGGGCAGUGGGCGACGACUACAUUGACAUUCAGUUUGUGUUUCGCGAUGGGCAGCAUGCGGUGCACAAGCUGCACUUGACCCUGUUCCAGGUGUUUGGCUGUGAAGAACGUCAGGACAUGGCUGACUUCUUCAAGACCCUGCCGCUGGGAAAGCAAAGCAACAGCACCUUACUGACGGACUGCAUCAGAGAGUCGUUCGACUUUCAGCAUCCCAUGCGAACUUUGGUGAUGUUUGAGCUGCCGCUGGGACGGGAAUCGCAGGCUCAGAUGAUGCGCAAGAUACUGAAAUUAGCCGAUGUGGCGUACGUGUCCAUCGGGAAGGCACACAGCACAGCCACCAACCCUAUGUCGCGAUCAAAAUUAAGUUCAACUUCACGCAGCUCCAUGAAUCUACAGAAAAUAAUUCCGAGUUGCAGCUUCAGAAACACUUUCCAAUCAGUGCCAAAUAUUUCGAACCGUUUGCUCCGUCGCAGGGGAAGACUCUCGGGUGAGGAUUUCAACAGCCUCGCCUAUUGGUACAAUCGCAUCGACUCUAAGCUCCUGGAACUGCAGCUCAGCAUGGAUGAGCACUUUAUGACCUUGUAUCGCCGAAAGGGCAUGGAGAUUUGCAAUGAGCUGCGAUCCAUGGAACAGCAUGCGGAAUCUGAGACUGACGAAAGCGGUGGCGAUGGCAGGCUGCCACGGACCAUCAAUCAGGAGGAGGAGGCUCCUGUGACCAUGUACACGGAGCUGCUGAAGCAGUUCCGAAAGCUGGAGAUCGAUGUGAAGAAGACAGCCUUUGCCGCCACAUUGAAGGUCUACAUCAGCACCAAAAACUACGAACUGGCGGAGAUGGAGAAGGCGUUCAAGCUAAAGGCAAUUGCAAAUAUGAGACUCACAUUGAUUGACUUUAUGAAACCAGAGUCAGGACAGGAACCAGCCUCGAAUUGAUAAUUACAGCUAAUAUAAAUCAGUUGAUCCUUAGGGGAAAGCAUUCCCAUUUGUACGGGUAUUGUUCAAUUAUGCACGAAAUCCAAAAAGCACACACACACAAUUUUUGUAGGGGGUAUACAUAUAUAAUUUAAUAUACAUUUAUAUA